AUGAAACAAAACCAAUCCACAUCAAAUGAUGAAAUAGAGAUUGAACAUCAAGCAACGAAAGAUGUCGAUGAUCAGAUUGUUAAAGACAAUAGUUUGCCAUCGUCUAACGGUACUUUAUUACAUGGAAUUGAAUUAUAUUUAGUUGUUUUUAG